AAUUAGAUUUCACUUCCCACGUGCUUGUCAUCGUGCUUUGAAGCUGAUAAAUUUUCUCAGUUUGCUGCAGUCACAAUUCCAUUUUCUCAUCUUCCAAACAGACCUUCCUCUCAAAGAUGUCCAGUCUUUCUUCAAAACCCUACCAAGUCGGCUAUGCUUUAACUCCAAAAAAGGAGAAAACUUUCAUCCUACCUUCCCUCCUUUCCCACGCCUCCCAGAUUGGGGUUACUUUGACGAAAAUCGAUCCCAGCAAACCUUUGAUCCAACAAGGACCGUUCGAUUGCAUCCUCCACAAGUUGUACGACUCCGAUUGGAAACAAAAUCUUCAAGACUUCGCUUCCCAAAACCCUAACAUCCCCAUCAUCGACUCCCCAGGUUCCAUCGAGAUUCUCCACAGUAGAAUCUCAAUGCUCGAAACUGUUUCAAAACUGAGAAUAAGCAACAUCGGAGUCCCCAAACAGAUUACCAUCACGGAAGUUACGAAUUCGGAAAAUCUGGGAAUCAACUUCCCGUCGAUCGCGAAGCCGUUAGACGCGGACGGUAGUGAGACGUCGCAUAAAAUGCAUCUCGUCUUCGAAAAAGAUGGGUUAAAGAACUUACCGCUGCCGUUUGUUUUACAGGAGUUUGUUAAUCACGGUGGCGUAAUCUUUAAGGUCUACGUUGCCGGAAAAUAUUCCCGGUGCGUGAAACGGAAGUCGUUGCCUGAUAUUUCGGAGGAGAAACUUGUAAAUUUGCAAGGUUCGCUGCCGUUUUCACAGGUUUCGAAUCUGACUGCUGCUGGUGGCGGUGCCGAAGGUUGUGAGUUCGAAAAGACGGAAAUGCCCCCGGAAAAUCUAGUAAAGGAGUUGGUGGAAGGGCUAAAGGAGGAGUUGAGGUUGAAUUUGUUUAACUUUGAUGUGAUUAGGGAUAUCAAAAACAAGGAUAAUUACAUGGUCAUUGAUGUCAAUUAUUUUCCGGGGUACUCGAAAAUGCCGGAUUUCGAGUCCGUGAUAACAGAUUUUUUAAUCGAUGUGUGCUCGAAGAGAUGAAAUGUGGCAAAAAUUGAGGAUCGGAGGUACUUUGUUGAACAUUUGAAGUUCUAAUAAGCUAACAUUUUAGCAUGCUUUGUAUCAUCUUACUAUGGUAAUUGUAAUGCAUGGAUUUUUCCAAUACUUGUUUUCUUUUCGUUGA